AUGGAUUCAUUAGAAAAGCUGCAUGUGGGCUGGAUAGGCCUAGGAUCAAUGGGUCUGGCAAUGGCAACCAACAUCCAAAAACACAUACAACAGCAUCCAGACGACUAUCCGCCGUUGAAAUACUGGAAUCGAACACCCUCACGAGGCAAGCCUUUGGAAGGGCUCGGUGCCACGGCGUGUCCCACAAUCGCCGAUCUAGUCCAAAUCUGCAAUGUCAUUUUCAUAUCUGUCAGCGACGACACAGCCCUUACCACGCUGACAACCUCGAUCCAAUCCAGCGGGCCCCUCUCCCAAAAAAUAAUAAUCGACACAACCACCGUCCACCCGUCCACCACAACCUCAAUCUCCACUUCCUUGGCCCAGAAAAAUGCUUGGUACAUAUCUGCCCCCGUCUUCGGCGCCACACCCGUCGCCAUCGCCGGUAACCUCCUCAUCGCCGUCGCCGGACCGCCCCAAGCAAUCACCCGUGUAAUGCCGCUGCUCAAAGGCGUCCUGGCACGCCGCGUCCUACACGUCGGCGAUGAAGCCUCGCAGGCCAUGCUGCUCAAAACCACCAGCAACUUCAUCACCGCAGGCCUGAUGACAUUGCUGUCUGAAGCCCACGUCCUAGCCGAGUCAUCUGGACUCCCCGCUUCCACCCUCGAAUCCCUUAUCGAGGAAAACUUUGGCGCGUAUGCACUUGGUGUGUCGCGGCGCCUAACUUCGGGUUCGUAUCUCCCAGCUGUGGGCCAGGUGCCGGCGUCAGGACUCGAGCUUGGGAUUAAGGAUGUGGGACAUGGGGUUGCGGUUGCGAGGGAAAGGGGGGUCGAGUUGAGGAUUGGGGAGAUGUAUCUUGAGGCUGCGCAGGAGGCGAAGGGGUAUGCGGAGGAGAGGGGGAGGAGGGCAGAUAGUAGUGCGGUGUAUGGGGUUUUGAGGCAGAGGGCUGGGUUGGGAUUUGAGAGUGAGGUUGUUAAACGGAGGGAUGGGUAUGUAGUCUAUCCAAAUAUAAUCGACGCCCGUGUGAAACAUCAACCUCUUAUA